CUUGACAGAAGUGACACAAGCUGCGCAGACACAGCUACACAGACCGCAACCAGCCCAGCCCGAGGGAGGCGAAACUUCUGCACAUUUUCACAGCAAAACCUGGUAAACUUCUUCAGAGAUCUGACAGAAGAGCAGGAGUCCACCCAUUUGCAUCACUCAAAAUCUUGGACUGAGGAGACUAACGACCCGUCUCCUGCAUCUCUCUCUCUCUCUUAGUCCCAGUAUGGCAGCGUGGGACCUGUCAGUCACAGUGGAGGACCUGGGGUCCGACGCGCCACCUGUCACCCUCAGCGUGGCCUCUGACCUCCACAUCGGAGGGGUCAUCCUGAAGCUGGUGGAAAAGACACAGAUCAAGCGUGAUUGGUCGGACCACGCGCUGUGGUGGGAGCAGAAGCAGCGGUGGCUGCUGCGGACCGCCUGGACUCUGGAGAAAUAUGGCAUCCACGCUGAUGCCCGGCUGGUCUUCAUGCCCCAGCACAAGCCCCUGAGGCUGUGUCUGCCCAACGGCGUUACCCUGCGGCUCCGAGCCUGUUUCUCCAACCCCGUGUUCCAGACCGUGAUGGGCAUCUGCAGAUUGCUCAAUAUCCGUCACCCCGAGGAGCUCUCGCUCCUUCGGCCCGUAGAGCAGAAGAAGAAGAAGAAAGAUAAAGACUCGGCUGAGGAGAUCUACGACCUGACCGAGGUGCCCCUCUCCUCGGCAUCCCGGCCCUCUCUGUAUAACGGCAUGCCGGCUCACUUCGCUGACUCACCUCAGAUGGAGGCCGUCUACAAGAUGCUGUCAGUCACCCAGCCUCCCCCUGCCCCCGAGGUCAUAGCCAAGCAGUACCGCCCAGCCAGCGUGGUGGACAAGGCCCACAUCCAUGGCAGGUGGUUGGACUCAUCCCGUUGUCUUAUGCAGCAGGGCAUCCAAGAAAAUGACAGAGUUGGGCUUCGCUUCAAAUACUUUGCCUUCUAUGAUAUGGAGCCCAAGUACGAUGUUGUGCGUCUGACCCAGCUGUACGAGCAGGCGCGCUGGGCCAUCCUGCUGGAGGACAUCGACUGCACCGAGGAGGAGAUGAUGCUGUUUGGAGCUCUGCAGUACCACAUCAGUAAGGUGUCUCAGUCAGAGCCCAUGAUGCUGAGCUCCAGUGCGGCCAUGGAUGACCUGGAGUCCGCCCUGCUGUGCCUGGAGGUCAAGAUGGAGGGAGAGAGCAGCUCUGCAUCCGAGAUGCUGGAAAACAUGACAGCACCAGAACUCAACGACUAUUUGAAGAUAUUCAGGCCAAAAAGGCUGACUCUGAAGGGAUAUAAGCAGUACUGGUUCAAGUUCCAGGAUACCUCCAUCUCUUAUUUCAAGAGCAAAGAGGAGAGCGUCGGGGAGCCCAUUCAACAGAUUAACCUCAAAGGGUGUGAGGUGGCUCCGGACGUUAACGUGGCAGCACAGAAGUUCCUCAUCAGACUCCUGAUACCAGCACCCGAGGGCAUGAAUGAGGUCUAUCUGCGCUGUGAAAACGACCAGCAGUACGCUCAGUGGAUGGCUGCAUGUCGACUAGGCUCCAAAGGCAAGACUCUGGCCGACAGCAGCUUCCAGAGCGAGAUCCAGAGCAUCUGCUCCUUUCUGGCUAUGCAAAAGACCAACUCCGGUUCCCAUGGCAACGCACCUGCUAACGACGAAAGCAUCAAUACUCACAGUCUGGUGUCGCCACGCUACCAUAAGAAGUACAAAACCAAGCAGCUGACCCCUCGAAUCCUGGACGCAUACCAGAACGUGGCUCAGCUCUCACUGACAGACGCGGUGAUGCGCUUCCUGCAGAUCUGGCAAGCGCUGCCUGACUUUGGCCUGUCAUACGUCGUCGUCAGGUUUAAGGGCAGUCGGAAAGACGAGGUACUUGGCAUUGCUCCCAACCGUCUGAUCCGUAUUGACCUGGGCGUGGGUGAUGUGGUGAAGACCUGGCGCUACAACAACAUGAAGCAGUGGAAUGUCAACUGGGACAUACGACAGGUGGCCAUAGAGUUUGAAGGCAACGUCAACAUUGCUUUUAGCUGUGUGACCGCCGACUGCAAAAUUGUUCACGAGUUCAUUGGAGGCUACAUUUUCAUGUCCACGCGCAGUCGUGAGAAGAGCGACACGCUCAAUGAGGAGCUUUUCCACAAGCUGACCGGAGGCCACGAAGCUCUCUAGGACUAAAACACUCAAAAAAAUACAAUCCUUCACAGUCCACAUCAGAUCUACUGUGUGUCUCAGCCGUGGAAAACCAUGUGGGAUAGGCUUUUAUAUUCCAACUACAAAACAACACAAGAGUAGUAGUCAAAAUGAGGUAUUCUGUUGAUGUGUAAAUGCAUUACAACCCACCUCGUCAGUCCAUGUUUUUAUACAGCACACACACACAUACCCACACAAUGUAGCUACAUCAAAAGAUGGAUUUCCAUGUUCAGACAGUUCAAGACUCCUGUGGAUCUCAUGCCGAUUUGUGCUUUAUUUGAGGAUGGACUACUGCAGGGCCAAACUGCUGGACAUCUGGUCCAGGAUCAGCAGGCUUGACAAUCAAACGGAAAUGUAAAAUCAACAGACGUAUCAGCCAGCAGCAACUUUACUUUGUUCAGCUCGCUGUAUCUGGACUUCCUGCUGCUCAGGACAGAAAGCCUUGCUUUGUCCAGAGCUGCAGUUUUAUUGUCACUUAGACUUUAGUGUGAAAUUUAUGGCACAUUAUAGCAGCCACAUUAUCACAGCCAAGAAUCAACAACAAGGAGAAAAACACAAGCUCACAUGAAAUGUUUUCCCUAAUACAUUUAUGAAUAAACAAACAUUUAUUAAAAUAAAUACAACAAUUCACUUUUCAUUUUCUGUUGUCUUCACUCCUUAUGCUCUGACAUAUGGUGGUAAUUACUGUUUCUUACACAGGAAGCUUCAAACCAUUUAUCUCCCCUCACAUGCUCUGUGUGUGUGUGUGUGUGUGUGUGUGCCCCCAUAUCUGACAAGAAACUGUUGAAGUAGUCCGUUAACUAAAACCACAGUAUCUGCAUCCUCUGUUUUCCCAUACUUUGUCAAGUGUAAAGUGACUAACCACAGACACAAUAUGUCCUCAAAGGCUCCUCCAGCAGUCAGUGUGUCUGUUUGUAACCAGGGUUAUGUUUUAUUAUCUUGGUAGCAAAUGUGUGCUACAGUUUAUGUAGCACUAACGAUGCAAUAGAGAAAAGCAAGCCUCCAUAUGCAUAAAUAAAAAGUGACAUUUGCCAGCA